AAGAAUCAGCUGCAGCAGACCCAGCGGUCCUCCUCCAGCUGUCAUGGCGCUGCUUUACGGGUUAAUAUGGCGGCUUCUCUUAGCGGUGGUCCGUAUCAAGAGAGCCACAGCUUCCUGGUUCCGACUCAGUAUCCGUUCAUGGAGAGAGCGCUUCUGGCAGCGGACGAUGGCAGCUCUGCUGCUGCCGGUCCCCAUGUCGGAGCUCCCGGUCUACCCGCAGGCCGCUGGUACCGAUGGCGGCAGAGCAAAGCGUCUGUCCCGGUGGAUCUCUGACGGGAAGUCGCUGGACAAACUACCGGCUCACAUCGGCUUCCUAGUGGCGGAGGAGGAGCUCAGCUACACGGACGUCGCUAACAUAGUGGUGUGGUGUAUGGCCAUCGGCGUGUCCUACGUCAGCGUGUACGAUCACCACGGUCUGUUCCAGAAGAACAGCUCCUGCCUUCAGGAGGAGGUGGUGAGGCAGCAGCACCACCUGCUGGGUGGAGCUCACCCUGAAUAUCAGAUGGAGGUGCUGAAGAGCAGCACAGGCAGACCCCAGCACCUGGUGGUGUCCUGCAGACCCACGGUGAAGGUGCUCUCUCCAGAGGAUGGGAAGCCUAGUAUUGUCCAGGCAGCAAGAAAACUUUGUCACUCUGUGGAAAAGAAGGAGUGGAGCUCCAAAGACAUCAGUGUCUCCAUGUUGGACGUUCUUCUCAGAGAAAGUAAAAACAUCCCAGAUCCAGAGCUGGUGGUGAAGUUCGGUCCAGUGAACAGCAUGUUGGGUUUCCUCCCCUGGCAUAUCAGACUCACAGAGUUCAUUUCUCUGCCGUCCCACAGAGAUGUUUCUUUCGAAGACCUGUUUGGGGCCCUGCAGCAGUACAGUGCCUGUCAGCAGCGGCUUGGACAAUGAUGAGCAGUGUUUGCUCUUCGGAGGGGAAUCUUUGCAGGAAGUAGGGGGCCAUCCUGCCAACCAUGAUCCACUGAAAACUCCAAUUGUUUUCUUCUGGACUAAAAAAUUGAAAACAGUACCCUGGAAUCAUGACCAGCCUGUCUUCUGCAUAUGUUUCAUGCUUAGAUAAUGAGACAGCAUCUAGUAAACCUAUAUUCCAACCAAAUGCAAUAUGGUCAAACAGAAAUGGACAUUUGUCAAUGAGGACUUCCUGCAGAGACAGAAUCUGCUUCACCUCCUAAACUCUCAGUGCAACUAAUAAAGAUGGAAAUCUCCUAUAGUACUGGAGGAUAGAAGAUACAGCCGUACUGCAUGGGGUAAAUUUGCACAUUAGACAAUAAACAGAAACUUGGCUCUGGGACUGAAACAUCA